AUGUUCGAAGGUUGGAGGUUAUGGAUGAACGGUCUUCUCAACGGGAGAUUAUCCCGAAUGGCAUUACCGUCAGCGAUACGGAUCUGGAAUCGACUGACGAUGAGAUUUGGAGUUCGAGGGAUUCAUUUGAAGCAGGAGAAGUUUCUGGUCGGAGCGUUGAAUCGGAUGACGCAUCUUACCCAGUUUGUUUGGAACUCGAACCAUUCGCCGAUUUCGAUUGAUAGGGCUUGGCCGACAUUGUUGAACACUCCCAGUUUGCGAGACAUCGAAAUCAAUGACAAUCUGGUGUUUUCGCCGUUGGCUACAGUUGAAGAAUCAGACGAGUCGGAUGAGGAGGCUUCCGCAUUUGUUAGUCAUAGGAAUGCAGAACAGCGAAGAAAAGAGCUUCCAGCCGUCAAGACUGUGGCAUUACGCUCAACUCGACACGUAUAUGGUUCUACCAAGCAUCCUGAACUGACGAGAGCCAAAGGUCUCCUCAAUAGCUGUCCAAACCUCGAGAACCUAGAAAUUACAUACACCCCUGCUCGUUCUCAGGCUGGACUCCAACCACAUGUACCCGCGGCGGCCCACCUACUACCGGCGGAAGAGUUCCUACUGGUCGGACGAUGGCCCCAGCUUCGCUCGUUAUCUUUACAAACCUUCGGUGCACUUCGCUUACGGCGCACAUCCUUAUUCAUCUUCGCCCACCUCAACCUCGAGGUCUUACAUCUCGAUGUCGUACCUCGAAUGAGCUAA